CGUACGGUUCGAGAGCUGGACCGACAAAGACACGUAAUCGCCGGUUCUCGAGCUUGAAAUUCGGGAAUGUUCGUUUUGGCACGUUUAGGGGCCCGCUGACGUAUCUUUGAUCAUUUUGAAAAAUGAUUAAGAAAAAAAAGGCCUCGCUGUUACUACACGCGACGCCUUUAUUCACUUGACAAGUGUGUGGGAGCUCAGUUGUUCGUGAAUGCUUAUCACGUCAUAACAAUAGAAUUGUGUCGUAGAUUGAAAGAGAAGUGAACUGUGAUUACGUGCGCGAUCACUGACGGUGCCAAGCGCGCGCUCAUUAUCGAGCCCUUCGUUCUCUCUCUCUCUCUCUCUCUCUCCUCUCUCCCUCUCGAUAUCCCUUUUUAUUCUAUUCUUGGCUUUUUAUCGUUGAAUUUAACGUACGCGCGGGUAGGCGAGUGCUGCCAAAAUGAUAGCAAUCGAGUUGUUGCUACUGCUGAUUAUCGUCGGCCUUAUUAUCACUGAAUUUGCGCGCGAAAAGUCGCACCAGAAAAGAUACCCACCGGGACCAUUUCCAUGGCCAUUCAUCGGAAACAUGAAAGAGUUACGGGAGUUAAGUAAGAAAUUGGGUGGCCAACGCGAGGCGUUAUUGGAGUUAUCGAGGCGCUAUGAAAGCCCAAUAAUUGCACUGAGACUCGGCAGUAGUAAUACAAUAGUAGUUUCUGGUAGCGAAUGCAUUAAUGCUGUCUUGAGUGCCGAGGAGUAUGACGGUCGGCCAUGGAAUUAUUUUAUACAGUUGCGAAAUAUGGGCAAGAAAAAAGGCUUAACGAUGAACGACGGGCAAGACUGGAGAGAUAUACGAAACUGGUUUGUAAAAAGUAUGAAAGCAAUUGGAUUUGCACGUCGUGAAAUGACCGAUUCCAUCAAAGAAGAGAUUCUUAUUGUUAUUAAUGAUAUCAAAGAUGGUGGUGUGCGAACUAUGAAACCAAUCAUCGUUCCUGUCAUUAUGAAUGUUCUUUGGAUUUUUGCAGCAGGCAAAAGAUUCAACAAGAACAAAUUACAGUAUUUUAUCGAUCUAAUGGAAAGACGAGCACAAGCUUUUGAUAUGACCGGUGGUGUCCUUUCGGCUUACCCGUGGAUUCGUCAUAUCGCGCCCGAAUAUUCGGGCUACAAUCUUCUUGUUACCAUUAAUAAUGAAUUCAAAGCAAUUCUUAUGGAAACUAUUGAAGAACAUAAAAAAAACUACGUGCCAGGAAGUGAGGCUGAUUUAAUAGAUAUGUUUUUAAACGAAAUGUAUACGGGAAAGGGCCCGGAAGCUGGUUUUGACGAGGAUCAGCUGGUGAUCAUACUUGUAGAUAUUCUUCUAGCAGGACUUAAUAUUACAGCCACCACAUUGGAUUUUCUAUUUCUUAAUAUGUUAAUUAAUCAAGAUGCACAGAAAUUACUUCAUGAAGAAAUCGAUCGAGUGAUAGGGCAAGAAAAGCUUCCGGAUUCCAAUGAUAAAUCAAAAAUGCCAUAUACACAGGCAAUAAUAUUUGAAAGUCAAAGGUUAGUACCGGUUGUGCCUAUAAUUGGACCAAGACGAGUAUUACAGGACACAAAACUUCUCGACUACGAUAUACCAAAGGACAGCUUCGUUCUUAUGAAUCUGCAUUCAAUUCAUGCAGAUCCGAAACUAUACCCGGAACCCUACAGUUUUAAACCCGAACGAUUCCUCAUGGAGGGAGCAAUCGUUCGAGAUGCCAAUCUACUGUUUUUCGGAAAAGGAAAGCGUCAGUGUCCUGGUAUUUCUCUAGCAAAGACGGCGCUAUUUUUGCUUUUUACUGGAAUAAUGCAACGUUACAAGCUGCUACCAGUUCCAGAUGAGAAACCGCCAAGUAUGCAAAUUAAAAUGGGCUUGACAAUGUCACCAAAACCCUACAAUGUACUUUUAGUACCUAGAACUCAAACUGUCAUACCCAAUUGAGGAUUUUCGUAUUAAAAGAUAAGAUCGAAAUAAAAGUGUACAGCAAUGCUGAUCUUAUAAAUAAU